AACUUUCUCAUGGAAAUGCCGCCUGAUUUAAUCCUUGGUUACUGCCUGAACGUGUAGACCUAUAUGAAGACGUGAAGUUUCUACGUGUAAUGGCGGAAGCAGAAGGAUGAAAAAUAGUGAACAUUAGUUAGUGUGAAUCCUAAAUUUUUUUCCCUAAUGAGGGAGUUUUAUGAAAGUCUAAGAAUCGGAGAUACAGUGAACAUUCAUUUAUAGAGCAGAAGACUGCUCGCCCAGUGAGCCUCAGGAUUUCUCUUUUAAAAGUGACAUCGGAACAAAAUGGAGAAGAACGUGGAAUACUCAGACCAGGUCCACGUCUACACGACGAACUAUAUCCGAAACUCAAAAGCCAUCGGGGUGCUUUGGGGGGUCUUUACGAUAUGCUUUGCUAUCAUCAGUAUCGUCGUCUUCGUACAACCCCAGUGGAUCGGAGGCACGCAGGACUCCAAGGGCAUUGGACACUUCGGUCUCUGGAAAUGGUGCACAGGAAGUGAUGAAAUGAGCAAUGAAUUGACAUGUUCAGGAUCCCUGGACGACUUCAGCACCAUAAUGAAUACAGCCUCCAGGGCUGCCACCAUCCUCGUGGGACUGUCCGUCGUGGUAACCCUGCUCUGCAUCUGCUGCAUGCUGCUCUUCUUCUUCUUCAGCUCUUCCGUUGUCUUCCACAUCACUGGCUGCAUGCAGCUUCUCGCAGCUUUGCUGCUCGUCGUUGGAGUGGUGGUCUUCCCGGCUGGGUGGUCUGCAGACAAAGUACGGGAGGUCUGUGGUCCAACCGCCCGGCAGUACAACGUGGGAGAAUGUGAAAUCCGCUGGGCCUAUAUCCUAGCCAUCAUCGGUGUUUUGGACGCUGCAGUGCUCUCUUCUCUGGCCUUCGUGCUGGCCACUAGGCACGUGAAAUUGCACCCGGAACCGGAGCCCAUAUACGGGGGAUCUGUUUACAAAGGUCAGAUGAACCCAGGCUUCGUGGGCGACGCAGCCAGCCUUGCCGGGUCUCGCAAGUCCCUGAAUCUCCAACCAGUGAUGCUGAUGCCCCACCCGGAUCACGACAGAUACUCGGAAUAUUCGCACCACACGGGACGCUCCAAGUCGUCUGCUGCCUACCGGGCUCAUUAUGCAUCUUCUGUCCAGAACUUCCAGCUGUAAUUUUUUUUUUUUUUUUUUUUUUUUUUUUCCGUGGGGGGGCAGAUAACCGACAUUCACACCAGUUCGGAAGGUUCAAAAUGUGAUUUAGGAAUAUCGUUUUUUUCUCCUUGCAGUUGAAAUACAAUUGGAGUUAAAACGAGAUAGAUAAAAAAAGAUACUCUAAGACGAUUGAUGACGCUGAUUGGCAUCUAUGAUGAGCUCUUGCCAACUGUUGGUCAGUUAAUUUGAGGGUGUGGUUAUAUUUUGUUGAUUUUGUAAAUAUCGAGAUUGCUUGUUUGAGGACUCUCAAAUUACACGCUGUAAUUUCUCAUUCUACGCGUUGUGUGAGGCCUUCACUCCAGCAAAUUCUCGAGAUGAUUAUUAUUCAGCGCCUUGGGGGAACAAUUGGAAGAGAAACGACGCCAUAACGUGACGCCCUCACUCCCAUAAGGCCAUUGUUGUUGUAGGGAUUCAACAUCCGACUGAUAAGUAUAAUAAUUGUCGAGUAAUGGAAGCAGUACUCAUCUUCAUUUGUAAUUCAGAAUGUUUUGUUUAUCAGUAGAUUGAUAAGGUCGUAGAACGUAUGAUCUUUUGAAUGAAUAUUAACAACCCUUUGACUCAGUAGGUAAGACGAUGGGUGUGAGAUCGUCGGACCCAAGCUGGUAAAAACCAUUAGGCCUAUACCUUUGUGCAGGUAACACUCAUUUCCUUUUACUCGUUGAGUUAAGAUGUCCGUGUUUGUGGGGGGUUUUUUAUGUUCAAGUUUUUUUUUCAAAUCUACCUGUUUAAUAUUAACUCAGUCACCCCACCCCCCUGUGGCUGGUUACUAACUACAUUUGGUCAUUACUGGCAAGUGUCUUGUUAAUCAUAUCGAAGUUCCUCCAGAUACAAAUUAUCACGAAUUAAUAUAUUUGAUCACUUGUAUUAUACUGCUGUAUACUCAAAACCUGUAGCUUGUAUAUUAUUUUAACUUGAUUAAACGCUAUAUGUGACUUGUCUGCUA